UUAUUUAGACUGAUGUUAAUAGUGUUUUAUUUAACAGAUGGCAGGCAAAGGGAAAUCAAGUGCAAUUAUGCGAGCAGUUCGUGAAGAGGCUGAACAUCAAGAGCGCGAGCGCAUGACUAUGUCUACACGACGUAGGCGAGAGGCUGAGAGAGCUGGUGAAGCCAGAUCAUCAGUUCCACAUCCCGAUGUUGGGUCUUCUCGUGCUAUGGAGGAGGAGGAAGAGGAGGAUGCUGUGGACCCCGUUCACGAGACUGAGGUUGUAGCUCGUGGAGGUCGUAGAGGUCGUGGACGCCGAGGACGGGGCCGUGGAGGUCGUGGUGGUCGACCUCAUACUCGAGUCAAUCCGGAUGUGCUAGAUGGUCCAUUUCCCGGUGGCCCGCGGGAUCCGUCUUUGAUACCGAGUUUCAAGUCGCACGUAGCGGCAUAUAUUUGGAGGGGAGAAGAACGUCCGGUUGGACGAGUGGAGUCCCGUAUCAACUCCUUGAAUCAAUUCAACUACGAGAAGAUAGCAGCUGCCCUAGAAGGCAUAGAUGUAUCCGUAGACAAGCAUUUUCUGCGGAUGACCGGUUUGUAUCCCCUAGCCCGAUAUUAUUUACCGGGCCUAGAUACUCCGCUAUUGUUUGCAUUCGUGGAGCGGUGGCAGCCGGAGACGAACAGCUUCCAUAUGCCGUGGGGAGAGAUGACUAUCACUCUCCACGAUGUCCAGAUGAUUCUAGGUGCCAAUGUGGAGGGACGGGUGGUCGCGCCUAGGUACGACGAAGCCAUCGAACGGACAAACUGCGUGUAUUUGCUGUCCGAGGCCUUAAACCUCGAGUUCGAGGAGAUUGACGAGUCAUGGAAGCAUGGGGGCCCCACAUGGAGGAUGUUACAGGGACAGUUGUUGAUGCCCGACACGCCCAUGAGACGCCGAGUUCAGAUAUACCUGGUGUUUCUCCUCGGAUCUAUUUUAUUCCCCGACAAGACAUGUGAUCGGGUGAAACCGUGGUAUAUGCACGUGCUCGAGGAUUCAGUGCUUGAUCAGGUCGGCACGUAUUCGUGGGGUUCGGCCUGUUUGGCCAAUCUAUACAGAGAGUUGGGUAUAUGCAGCCGAGCACAGUCGAGGGGCUUGGCGGGUUGCACCACCCUUCUUCAGUGCUGGAUAUACGAGUAUUUUCCAAGAUUCCAGCCGCCGGAGGAGAGCGAGCGCUACCGCGAGUUUCAGCCUCGAUGCAAGAGGUGGAACGCGCCGCCAAAAGCGGGCACGCUCGAGCAUAUUUGA